AUGUUCGGCAAAGCGAUAGAGACAUCUCCCGAUCCUUCGCUGCAUAAAGAAGCUGCUGGUGAAGCUCCUGAUAUCACUUCCUCCGAGAAUAGCUCCACAGGCAACCUAGCCCAGGUCAAGAAUGAGCUUGUCCAGGAGUGGCUCACUGGCUGGCCGCUCUUCAGCACCCUCGCGGGUGUCACUCUUGUGUCCUUCCUCAUGCUGCUGGAUACGUCCAUCAUCUCAACUGCCAUUCCCGUUAUCACGCGCGACUUCAACUCACUGGUCGAUGUGGGCUGGUACGGGUCCGCAUACCAACUGGCAAGCGAUAUCAGUGCAGCGCUGCAACCGCUCAGCGGAAGGGUCUAUGAAAACUUCAGUGCCAAGUGGACAUAUAUCGGGUUCUUUAUCGUCUUCGAGAUUGGCUCUCUGAUCUGCGGCGUGGCCAAUUCCUCGAAGAUGUUGAUUGUCGGUCGAGCCAUCGCUGGCAUGGGCGUCUCAGGCAUAUCCAAUGGCGCGUUCACGAUUAUUGCUGGCAUUGCACCGCUGAACAAGCGGCCAGCAUUGAUUGGAAUGGUCAUGGGAAUCUCUCAAUUUGGCCUCGUCAUUGGGCCGUUGAUCGGGGGAGUUUUGACCCAGUAUUCGACCUGGCGGUGGUGCUUCUAUAUCAACCUUCCUGUCGGUGCACUGGUGGGCCUUUUGCUCCUUUUUGUGCGUAUCCCCGAUGAGACUCGCAAGCCCGAAGCAAAGGUUGUCGCGCGUGUUAUGCACAAGGAACUCGACUUGGUCGGGUUUGCCCUGUUCGCCCCUGCUGCCAUCAUGCUUCUAUUGGCCUUGCAGUACGGUGGCAACCAGUAUUCCUGGAACAGCUCUCAGGUCAUCGGGCUGCUUGUUGGCUCUGUAGUGACAUUUGUUGUCUUUGUGCUGUGGGAGGCACACAAGGGCGACAGCGCGAUGAUUCCAGCCAGCAUCAUGAAGCGGCGCACCGUCUGGGCCAGCUGCAUUACAUUCGGCUUCCUGAUGAGCUUGCUGUAUAUGAUUACUUACUACCUCCCGAUCUAUUUCCAAGCGGUCAAGGGCGUUUCUCCGACGAUGAGUGGAGUGUACCUUUUGCCGACCAUCAUCGCUCAGCUCUUUGCAGCUGGCCUUUCGGGAUUUCUCGUCCAGAAACUCGGAUACUACCUCCCUUUUGCCGUUACGGGGGCCGUGUUUAAUGCCAUUGCAGACGGCCUGCUGUCCACAUUCGUGCCCAACACCAGCACUGGGAAGUGGAUUGGAUAUCAGAUUCUGGCUGGAUUUGGCCAGGGUAUUGGGCUGCAGAUGCCGGUGAUUGCAGUGCAAAACACCCUUCCUGCACCUCUGAUCCCUGUCGCAAUGGCGCUGACAAUGUUCUUUUCAACGUUCUUUGGCGCCGUCUUCCUCAGUCUGGCCAACACUGCUCUGACCAACAGUCUCCGCUCGCUGGUCCCCAGAUACUCGCCGAACAUCGCUGCCGAGACGGUCAUUGCAGCCGGCGCCACCGACCUGUCCAAGGUUGUCCCUGCGGCUGACCUCCCCGGUGUUCUGCUGGCAUACUCCAAGAGCACCGAUCACGUCAUGUAUCUCUGCCUGGGGUGUGCUUGCGCAUCAUUCGUGUUCGCUUGGGGUAUGGGUUGGAAGGACAUCCGGGCCAAGAAGGCCACCUCGGCCGCCUGA